GGCGGGUUGUUCGGGGCGCAGCGUUUGACGCGAACCAGCCAAACUACGCUCGGGAACUUAUUCGAGUCUCCUUCGUUUGCAGAGAAGCGUGGGGCUAGUGCAGCUAGCGUUAGCAUCUCGGCAAGCUAACGAGCUAACCCGUUAACGCUGGAAUGAAUGUAUUAAUGCAAGAAGGGCAGGAAAGGCUCCUCAAGGGCUCCAUCUAGACGUGAUGAAGGGAGACAAACUGAUAGAAAAACUGAUCAUUGAUGAAAAGAAGUACUACCUGUUUGGGAGGAACCCGGACUGGUGUGACUUCACCAUCGACCACCAGUCCUGCUCACGUGUCCACGCCGCCCUGGUCUACCACAAACAUCUGAAAAGGGUCUUUCUCAUAGACCUCAACAGCACACACGGUACUUUCCUCGGACACAUCCGUCUGGAGGCACACAAGCCUCAGCAGGUCCCCAUAGACUCUACAAUAUCUUUCGGGGCCUCAACACGGACCUACACCAUCAGAGAGAAACCUCAAACCCAAGGCACUGCUGGUACAGGGGACACUAAGGUGGGAGAGGAUGAGGAACUGAAAGGGCUGCUUGGGCUUCCAGAAGAAGAGACAGAGCUAGAGAACCUGACAGAGUUCAACACAGCUCACAACAAGCGCAUCUCGCUCCUGACUAUCGAAGAGGGAAACCUUGAAAUCCAGAGGCCUAAGAGGAAACGCAGGAACUCCAGAGUUACUUUCAGUGAGGAGGACUCCAUCAUUAAUCCAGAGGAUAUAGACCCCUCGGUGGGACGCUUCAGAAAUAUGGUGCAGACUGCCGUCGUCCCCAUUAAGAAACGGAGAUCUGAGGGCCAAAACACGUUGGGUUUGGAUGACAUGACUUCAAAACGUAUCCACGGCUACAACUUGGGUGGGGGUCUCUAUGGGGACUUGCCUCCCACUAGUCACGAGAACCAGCCAACUGGAGCUCCGGGAGGUGCGGCCAUGCAGGGAGGGCUUCCCCUGCCCUUCCCUAAUCCUGCACCAGAGGUGGACCUGGCCCCAGAGGCUCCCCAGCCUCCUGUCACCCUCAACCCCACCCCCGUCACAGCCCCCUACCUACCAGAGACCCACAACGAGCCACGCAAAAAGAAAUAUGCCAAAGAAGCUUGGCCGGGCAAGAAACCCACCCCUUCACUACUCAUCUAACCAGUUUGCUAGAGCUGCUGACUCUCAGGUUACCAGUAGUACACCAGGAACUGUGACCUGGCGGAGGUGGAGUCACUCGCUUCCCUUUUUUAUUGAUUUGUUGUGUUACACAUUAUCAUCAGAAAGACAUCACGCAAUUUAACAGGGCUGCGUCUCAAGAUAUCGUCUACUUUAUUAAGUCAGCAGUUGAUAUUUUGGCAGGAAGAGUUCGAUAUUUGCGACUGUGAACAAAUAUAAAAGGCAUACUCAACAGACUUGGCCGUGAGCAUUUUAGUACCAGAAAUAUACCUGUGUGUGUGAAAGGCUACAAGGAUAUCGUGAAUCCAUAAGUUAUGUUUUUGAUGUGAUGGAUGUAAAGAACAGUUUUUUUCUACUAAACAUAUUUCAACAGUUUUUUCACGUCGUCAAUAUUUUGAUAAUGCUAUUAAACAAAUGGCUUAAAAUUA